AUGUUAAUUUUAAUACUUUUUGCAUUUUUAGUGACCAAUAUUAGUGCAAUUAAAUGUAUAGAGACCUUUGAAGAAAUUAAUGUCGAGAUUGAUUUUAAAGAAAUCUGUCACGUCAACAAGACACAUAAAUUACCUGCAGGAGCUGGAGUAGUUGUGAAAGUGAAGAAUAAAAGAACUAAUAAAAUAACAAAUGCUAUAGUCAAAAAAGAAAAUCAGACAAAAUCAGAAAACUUUACUUUCAACAUGUUAAAUUUGACAGCGUUUAAACCUUUAUACAUACCAAAUGAUAAUUUUAAUGAAACGUACCAAUUAUUUUUCAAAUUCGUUUACGAAAGAGACCAACAACAACAAAAUAAUUUAAAAGGUUAUAAUCGCCCUAUGUGUAACACUAGUGUCUUAUACGAGUCAGUUCCCAAUACAGCUGCGGUCUCACAAGACAAUGACAAAGAAUAUUGGCAUCCAUAUGUGGCAAUUGCAGGAGUUUUGGUUGGCAUUGUAAUAAUAGCGUUACUUGCUACCACUAUGUAUUACAAAAGACAAGCCAAAAUGUUGAGCCAACACAUCAGUCUAGAACGAAGAGCAGAAAGGGCCGACGAAAGCGAUCGCUACUGUUCCAACCCGCGGAAGGGCAAGAAAGUGAGCCCAAUCUUAAACAACAAUCGGGUCAGCGAUAUCUACGAAGAUCCACAAAUCAAUUUUGGGGUGAGCACAAUGCCACCAGCGCUUCCAACUACGCCGAGACCAAAUAAAAAUGAGCUCUCCACUCUGAAGAAACUACCUUCUCCAUCUAUGACUCUGAAGAGUAACGCUUCACAAAUGUCUCUUACAAGACCUAGAGUACCAGAUAAAGAAACACAAGUAAAAUUGACUAUGGCCCGGCGACCGCCGUUGCCCUUGCCUCAGGAUGAAUUUUACUCAGCUGCUCCAGAAGAUGACACUUAUGAGGAACCUCCUGUUCCUGAACGACCAAAUAAAACAACGCCGACUAAAAAAGCCGGGCAAAAAGAAACAAUUGGCACAAUACCCAAAAAAAUUACGAAACCUGCAAAUAUAGUUAAGCCCAGACCGGAGAAAGUUGGUAAGGCUUUAGAGAAAAAACUUGGGAAGACAUUUCCAAAUAUACCUAUGGAUGGACUAAAACCCCCGGGCAUAAAGCAGCCCCAUAAACCUGCAGUACCAAGCGGUAAACCUACUCCACCACGAAAUAACGUUGUGCAAGUACCAAUAUGUCAGAUUCCGGACCCGAGCUCAUUGAAAAAAGCGCCUUUAGUAAAACCAAAACCAAAUAAUGUUAAGCCGACGACGCCUCCGUCUCCAACCUUAGAACAAGUGCAAUUCAUUAAGGAUGAGCGUCGCGACUCAACCGACGACGAAUAUUGGACCUAUGAACCUCUACCGCAAUACCAUAUUUAUAAUAAUUAG